AACUGACAGCUCUUACUUUUCAUUUAGGAACUUGAAGACAUCUGGGCUACUUUUGUCAAUACAAGCCUGGGGGACACGGUCAAGCAGCAGGCAUGAACUCUCACACCACGAUCUGCAGUGGAACGAGCAGAGACUGAAAAGAGCUACGAUAAAGCUCAUCAGGAUGGGCUGCACUUGCAGUGGCCCCAAAAUUGUAAAGAAGGGAAACAACUCCCAGGCCUCCAGUUCUCUGAAUCACAUAGCGGGAAGAGGAAAGGCCUGUUUGGAUAAUGAUGACAUUUUCUUUGUGGCUCAACACAACUUCAAAGCGAAGAAUGAAAAAGAUCUACCUUUCAAAAAGGGAGACAAACUCACCGUUUUGCAAGAGAAUGGAGAAUGGUGGCUGGCUAAAUCACUGGCAACUGGACAAGAGGGAUACAUUCCAUGUAAUUAUGUAGCCAGAGCAGACACGCUGGAGGUUGAAAAGUGGUUCUUCAAAGAUUUGAGUCGGAAAGAAACAGAACGACUGCUUCUGGCUCCUGGAAACAAACCAGGCUCCUUUCUAGUUCGACAGAGUGAGACCUGUAAAGAAUCCUUCUCACUGUCGGUCAGAGAUCGUGUACCAGAACAUGGAGAUGUGGUAAAACACUAUAAGAUCCGCUGUUUGGACAAAGGUGGCUACUACAUCUCUCCUUCCACCUCAUUCCCGUCCCUACAGGAACUGGUUACACAUUACAACCGUACGGCCGACGGUUUGUGUCGCAGACUGUAUGCUCCCUGUCGGCCUCAGGCCCCACAGCUGCCAUGGGCCCAAGAUGAAUGGGAGAUUCCCAGAGAGACGCUGAAAAUGCUGAAGAAACUUGGAGCAGGGCAGUUUGGAGAAGUGUGGAUGGGUUACUACAAGAACACGCAGAAGGUUGCGAUUAAGACCUUGAAAGAGGGAACGAUGGCGCCCGAGGCCUUCCUGCAGGAGGCCAACCUCAUGAAGCAGCUGCAGCACGAUCGACUGGUGCGCCUUCACGCUGUGGUCACCAAAGAGCCCAUUCUCAUUGUCACAGAGUUCAUGAUCAAUGGAUGUCUUCUAGACUUUCUUAAAACAGACGAGGGGAAAAAGCUACAGCUCAAUAAGCUGAUAGACAUGUCAGCGCAGAUAGCCGAAGGCAUGGCGUACAUCGAGAGGAAGAAUUACAUCCACCGAGACCUGCGUGCGGCCAACAUAUUGGUCAGUGAUACCCUGCACUGCAAGAUAGCAGAUUUUGGCCUGGCACGUAUCAUCGAUUCAGAGUACACAGCUCAAGAAGGUGCUAAAUUUCCUGUCAAGUGGACGGCUCCAGAGGCCAUCAAUUUUGGGACGUUCAGCAUCAAGUCAGAUGUCUGGUCCUUCGGGAUCCUCCUGAUGGAAAUAGUCACAUAUGGACGAAUACCCUACCCAGGGAUGACAAACCCGGAGGUGAUCAGGAGUCUAGACAAGUCAUACCGGAUGCCGUGUCCAGAUAGAUGUCCCCAAGAACUCUACGACAUUAUGAAUAUGUGCUGGAAGCAGAAACCCGAAAACAGACCCACUUUUGAGUUUCUGCAGAACAUUCUCAACGACUUCUUCGUCGCCACAGAGGGACAAUACGAGGUGCAGCCGUGAUGUAAGAGAAAUGUACUGAAGAUCAAGCGAGCAUCUUAGUGACGUAUACAAUUAUUAUUUUUUUCUAAUAAUUUCAAAUGAACAUAAUGUUUUUUACAUGUACUUUGCGUGUGUGAAUAUAAAAGCUACUUAUUUAUGGCUUCCUCUGUGUCUAAGAGCAGGUAGACUCAUGUCCCAGUCAGAAAAAAACCAUCACAACUUUAGCAUUGGGGUUUUUUUUUUUAACCCUGACUGUCCUCCUGUUAUUGAUGGCUCAUAUUCUUGCUAAGUGUCAAGGAGACAUAAGUCUGGAAAUACAAAUACACGAUGAAAACAAAUGUAAAUGUUAUUUAAAUGUUUGCAUGGUACAGAAAUGAGUAGCCUGAGAUUACAACGACUUUGCACUUUUUUUUCUUAUUCCUUCAUUCAUUCCUUCAGUUAUAUAAAGACAGGGAAUUUAAAAUAAAUAAAUAAAAAAUAUAUUGGCAUCACUUUUUUUUUCCAAAAUAAAAUAUUUAAAUCA